AUGAGGGCUGUGUGUUUUGUUAAUAAACUAUGUUGGGAGCUUCCUGGUACGGUGUUCAGGCACGGAUUGACGAUUGGUGAUGUCGACAAUGAUGGAGAGAAUGAAUUAGUCGUCGGUACAGCUGAAGGUUGUCUUUACAUUUUUAAGAGAACAGAAUUAUGGCAAAAGAUAUCCGGGCUUGGUGUAAUAUCUUGCUUAACAAUUGGCGACAUUUUUAAUUCUGGAAAGAAUGCUCUUGUUGUUAUUUGCGAUGACGGUUGGGUUCACAUUUACUAUAAUGACCAACCAUUAAUUCAUUCCCUUUUUACUUCUCAUUCAAGUUCUUUUGGUGAUAAUAAAUUUGAGACGAGAAAGUCAAGUGAUCCAAAUAAUAGAUGUCGAAAGGAGAAAAAUACAGAAAAUGAGGAAAAAAGUGGAACGCCGCAGGAAGUUUUUGAUUUAUCGGAAAAACUAUCCUGUGUGCAUGUGCAGAGAAUUCCGACUAAUACAAAAGUAGUGCUCGUAGCGGAUAUUGAUAAAGAUGGUCUAAAUGAAAUGAUAAUUGGUCUGACCGAUCGAGUAGUGCGGUCUUACAGGUGGUCGUGCAGAUUAGACUUUGGACCGGGAAAUCUUGUAGGUCUUAAUAAAUGGGAAUGUGCUAAUCAAAUUGGUACGGUGACAAUGCAACACGCAAAAGAUGGAACCCCCACGUUGUUGGUUGCUCAACCAGGAGGAACAUUUAUGCGUAUCAACUGUAACCAAGAUAAUUGUCAUGUUGGAGAUGAAUUGUCUGAUUCCAGUAACGAAGCUGCAGCCAGUUGUAUUGACUAUCAAACUCUUGGCAUUCAUCGAAUGCGCAAUGCAAAUAUAUCUACAGAAAUACUAGGAGAUUUAGAACCAGGAAAAGAUGCAUUGUCCUUAAAAAAAGAUUCUCCAUGGCUUCGGUAUAAAAGAAAAGUUCAAGGAAUUGAUCAAAUAGAUGGAAAUACUGUUGGUGGGAACGUGAUUCUAGGAGAAUAUAUUUCAAUUGGCAAUGAGGAACCAAUGCAUUCAAUUUGCGAUGACGCACAUAAUUACUCGAGUAGUACUAUUCUAAAUAAUAAUAACAUAAUAAGCGCAAAAAAGCCUUAUCAAGAACCUGACAAGUCUGAGGACGUAAAUCAAAUGGAAAAUUUAAGUGGAAAAUCUUAUGCUCUGGCAACGUUAGAUGGUACAAUAAUGCUUGUUCGCAAUGAGAUCAUCUUAUGGUCAAUGCAAGUCGAUCACCAUAUCUUUGCCUUAUGUCAGUUAGACGUUACAAGAGAUGGUGCUGAUGAAAUUAUAGCAUGCACAUGGGAUGGACAGACAUAUAUUCUUGACCAACAAAGAAACAGUGUGCGUUUUCAGUUUGAACAAACUGUAAGAGCAUUUUGUACAGGAAUGUACCAUGUUUCUUCAAAGAGCCCCACACCAUCUUUUGUAUUCAACACGUUCAACAAUAAGAUUUUUCUUUAUUAUGACAUUAUUAUACCAAGUAUGAUACUGCAAUCUAUGAGCCCUUUAGAUCAAUGGAGCUCAAAUGAAAAAUAUAAAAUAGAAAAAAUUGUGAAUGCUAAUGACGAUAUAAACCAAGAAAAAAACUUAAGGACACUUACAAAUUGGCUUUUAUAUGGAACUCAUUAAGCACUGUGGAAUAUAUAGUCAAGAGUCACUAAGAUAAAAAUUAUAUCUAAGGGGCCGUCCAUAAAUUACGUAAGACAUUUUUUUGGAAAUAUUGACCCCUCACCACCAUAAGAUAUUUUACAUACUUUAGCGCCAUUUAUUGAAUUGAUCGUAAGAAAUAGCUAGAACCUCCUCUCCCCUGUCAAAGUCUUAAAUAAUUUAAGGACGAUCCCUGAAACGCAGUGUAAUCUCGAGUCAUUAAAUAAAUAAAUUUUAUUAUAUUUA